AUAAGGGGUCAAGAGCUACGGAUUUUCUUCAAACCGUGCCUCCUAUUUUGUUCCGAGAUUUAAACUAGUGUUUGGUGUGUGAUUUAAGAUCAUUGUUAGGCAAAAUAUAUGGCUCUUGCUGGUAAGAUGGAGACCGAGGUAGAGAUAAAAUCUGAUGGGGAUGAGAUUUUGCACAUGUUUGGAGGGAAAAAAGCACAUCAUGUACCAAACAUGGUCUCUCACCACAUACAAAAUGUAGACUUACAUGAAGGUGAAUGGGGUGAUCAUGGAUCUGUCAAGACCUGGACUUGUGUUGUUGAGGGGAAGGUCGAGACAUACAAAGAGAGGGUUUCCAUAGAUGAAGAGAACAAAGCAGUCCAUUUGACAGCAUUGGAGGGAACAGAUUGCUUGGAGUUCUAUAAGAGUUAUAACCUCAUCUUUCAGAUCAUUCCCAAGGGAGAGACCAAAGUGGUGAAAAUUACAAUAGAGUAUGAGAAACGAAAUAAGGAUGUCCCUGAUCCACAGAAAUAUCUGAAUUACUUGAUUAAUCUCUUUAAAGAUGUUGAUUCUAAGCUUGUCCAAGCUUAAUGCAAUGGCUACAUAUAUGAAUAAUGGUUAUUGUAUGACACUAUGAUCCUAGUUUGUAAUAAGAGCUGGGGAGCUCUAGUGUUGAUGAUUCCUAGUUUCAUGCUUGUGUGAGUAUGUUUGUACCAUAAUUAAAAUAAUAGAACUUAUUAUUCUUAUGAGUUGUUUCUUAAGUAAAAAUAAUACCUAUGACUACAUUGUAUCCCUCUUCUACAUAAA